CUCCCCCCGCCCUAAGCUGCAGUGCCCGCUCGACCGCAAGCAGCUGGGCCCUUCCUUUUCCGGCCUUGUGGAAACAAGCUGACGGCAGACGUAAACACCAAGGUGUGGAAAGAGCUUCUUCCUUCGGUGGUCUCAUCAGUCAGGCCCCCUCGCACCAUUUGAAGGAAAACACAGGUCACCCAGCCUUCUGUACCCCCACCAGAGUCAGCGGACACCCACCGACGCGCCUUUCUAAUCUCCUUCGAGUGAAGCGCCAGUGUCGGUCGAGAGAUGCCGCCCCCAGUCACUGGCCCCCCCGCUGUGCCCCCGCCCGACGGCGGCUGGGGCUGGGCCGUGGUGGUGGCGUCCUUCAUAUCCAUCGGCUUCUCGUAUGCCUUCCCCAAAGCCAUCACCGUCUUCUUCAAGGACAUCCAGAUCAUCUUCGGGGCCUCGUACAGCGAAAUCGCCUGGAUCUCUUCCAUCAUGCUCGCCGUCAUGUACGCCGCAGGUCCCGUCAGCAGCGUGCUCGUGAACACGUACGGCUGCAGACCCAUCGUCAUGAUGGGGGGCUGCCUGUGCGCCGUGGGCAUGACCCUGGCUUCGUUCUGCACCAGCGUGGUGCAGCUUUACCUCUGCAUCGGCGUGAUCGGCGGACUCGGCUUGGCGUUUAACCUGCAGCCAGCCCUCACCAUGAUCGGCAAAUACUUCUACAAGAAGCGUCCGAUCGCCAACGGGUUGGCCAUGGCCGGCAGCCCCGUGUUCCUCAGCACCUUGGCCCCACUCAACCAGUACCUGUUCAACCACUUCGGCUGGCGGGGGAGCUUCCUCAUCCUGGCCGGCCUGCUGCUCAACUGCUGCGUGGCCGGCUCGCUCAUGAGGCCCCUGGGACCGCCGCCCUCCAAGCUGAAAAAGGACCAAGUGGCCAGCGCCAAGGAAAGGCGGACGCCGUGGCAACUCCUCAACAAGUACCUGGACCUGUCGCUCUUUAAACACCGCGGCUUCCUCAUCUACCUAUCCGGCAACGUCAUCAUGUUCCUCGGCUUUUUCGCGCCCAUCGUCUUCCUGGCUGCUUACGCCAAAGACAUGGGUGUGGACGAGUAUUCCGCGGCUUUCCUCCUCUCCAUCCUGGCUUUCGUGGACAUGUUCGCGCGACCGUCGAUGGGCCUGCUGGCCAAUUCGCGGUGGAUCAGGCCCAAGAUUCAGUAUUUCUUCAGCUUCGCCGUACUGUACAACGGCGUGUGCCACAUCCUCUGCCCGCUGGCCAACUCCUACACCGGCCUCGUGGUGUACGCCGUGUUCUUCGGUUUUGCGUUCGGAAUGGUCAGCGCCGUGCUCUUCGAGAGUCUCAUGGACCUGGUCGGGGCGCCUCGGUUCUCCAGCGCGGUCGGACUCACCACCAUUGUGGAAUGCUGCCCAGUCCUCCUCGGACCACCAAUAGCAGGGAAACUGGUCGACGUCACCAAAAAUUACAAGAUCAUGUAUUUCUGCUGCGGCGCCGUCGUGAUCUUGGCGAGCAUUUGGCUCUUCAUCGGCAACUUCAUCAACUACCGGCUCGUGGAGCGCGAUCGCAAACGCGAGCAGUACAAGCCCACCGGAUCGGAGGAUCCCGACGUGCCUCGGAAGCAGGCAGAGGCGGAGGUCAACGAGCCGGAUGAGGAGAAAGGAAGGGAACCUAUACAGCGGGAAACCAACAUGUAAGACUUUUUUUUUUGUUAGUUUUAUUUCCGAAGCUUUCUCACGCCAUCGGCGUCGAACAAAGCGAGGUUCAAGCCGAGAGAGAGUGCCUCGCGGUGUUCCGCCUGCAUCCUUUCAAGGUCCUCUGCAACUUCUCAAAAACUGUGAAAGGAACGAGUGUACAGAACAAUACAUAAAGACUCAUCGGAUUCACUGAUAACUCCAAAUGUUCCACAUUGUCACAAGCACUCACAAAAAGUGGAAAAAAAAUCAACACAUUUAGCGUGGAAAAAGCCAAAAUGUUGCAAUCAAUGUCCUAGAAUGUAAUCAAAAUGUGGCAAUAGUGCAUUGCCACUUUUUAUGGACCGAACCAGCUCCCCAAAUGUGUUAAAUAAACCUCUCAACGUACGGAUGACCAUUAAAGCUCUAAAACGGCUCCGACUGGUUACCCGUGACGACAUAAUUUAUGCAAGGCAGUCGGCGAGCCCUGAGUAUGUUGCCGAGCAGGAAAUGCAAUACAAAAGCUUCUCAUUGCUAAAUACGACUGUUUCCCUUGACCCCCCUCCCCCCUCCCCCCUCCCUGGUGCCCUCUAAUAAUAAUAACCAAAAGCAUCUGCGUAACAUUGAAUAAUAUACACGACGCUGGUCACUUCAUUAGGUACACCCAAGAGGUCUAGUAACUAAGAAUUGUGAUUGUUUUCCCACAGAACUUGAAUGAUAUCAUGUUUAUUUUCUCCUUUUGCCUAAUGAGCAGAUUUUAUUGGGGUCGCUGUUGGGGCUGAAUGAUUUAGGAUGAAAUGUGAAACUUUUAUUUUAUUUUAUUUUAUUUUCCACUCAAUAUUGCAACGGUGAUUUAAUAUGCAAAUAAUUUUAAUUCAGUUAAGGGUAACAUUUCGUCUGUCUUCUGUUUCAUGCUUGAAUACGGACAAUGCUUGAAUACGGACAAUGCAACAUCUGGAAUAUGUCAACGGUCAAAUUGCAGCCUUUGCAAUUAAAAUCUGUUAUCAUAUCGCAAUUAUUAUUGCAAAUGUAAAAUUAUCAUUUAGUCCUAGUAGACGUCGCCUUAAUUGUAACGGAAGGAAUAAUCCUGGAAGUAGUGGAAAGUCAUUGUUACUGAAGUCAGAAACGCUUAUACGUGAAAUUAUUUUAUUUUGUCUUUGUUCCUACAAAAAAACAAAACAUUUGUGCUGUUGCUGCAUUUCUCUCCAAAGCCAGUCGUGCUGUUGACCAAAACCGUCCACGUAGUCAUUUUCCAAAGCAUUUUCUUUCCAAAUAAUAAUAUUCCUCAUGAAAGUUGGCCAAGUGUGCAAACGUCAAAACAAAAAAAAAACAGCUGCUACACAUUUAUGAGUUUCUAGUUCAAUGGAGCACUUUAUUUCAUUGCGUUCCACCCGAGAUUCUCCCCGGAAACGGAGCCAGUUGAAAAUGGACGAUUGUGUAAUUUUUGCAGCGCGAUUUUUUUCGAUGUUAGCAAAGUCCACCGUCACUGUGCUUUGUAUGACUUUGAAUGUUUUCUCGUUGAAUCGAUAGAAAAGAUGCACGUUUACUAUGCAAACUCCCUUUUGUCCCUGCUGAUUUUCAAGGAGUGUGGGGAAAUAAGCCGGGCUGUCACUUUUUAACGGUGAAACGCCGCCCCCUGCUGUUCGCGUCAGGUUAAUCCGGCUGUGUGCUCGUUCCUGUUGAGAAUCGUUCGAAGCUGUGAUGCGCUUGAAAACAUGUCGCUGCUAGAGACGGGACGUUCUCCUCUUUUAUUCCAUGUUGUACCGAGAAAGAAGGCAAACGUGUCUUUGUUUUUGGGCCGGCAUAUUUAUUCACUGAACAAAAAAAAAAGUAGGCUAUGUGAACUAGAAGCAGACUUAAAAUCGAUCUGCUGUAUAUUUUUUAAUUUAUUUUUUGGGGCUUGUUUGGUUUGAAUUAGCAGGGUCCCAAAAAAAGAAACUUGGCGGAUGAUUUUGAACAAACACGGUUUUGCUACUUGGAGGUUUUCGAGUGACUCUCUGGUGCCUUGUUAUAUUAUAUCAUCAUCAUGAACAUACACUUGCGUUGUUCAGAGUCGGCUUCUUGUUUGAGUUUCCGUCAGUAAAUAGCCGACGCUGAAGGCUUUGCAAAUUGUCUUGUUGAUGUUUGACCUGUAGCGGACAAAUUUAAGGUCAACCGGAUGUCAUUUCUGGAUGGCAGCGUGUUAUACCGGAGACAAAUUCCUUCUGUGUUCUACAUACUUGGCCAAUAAAGAUGAUUCUGAUUCUUAUUCACUACCUCUGCAGAUGUCCUUUCGCGCUGAGGACAAACAAUACAGCAGGGGUGUCGAUACAAAUGACGUUUUAUUUUUUUUCUGGUGUCUCCUUAUAGGUCAAUAAAAUAUAUUUCCAACCCCAAAA